AUGGUCACUCGUAGGAGCCAGACACUGGCUGAGCAGAAGCAGAAAGCCCAGGAUGUGAUUGAGAUCCUCUCAUCAGAUUCUGAGCCAGAGGCACCCGAUGUCGAGGAUGACGUCGAGGAGCCAACCCACGACAGCGAAAACAUCCAGGACCAGCCACUACUCAGGGCAGCUGGCAUCAAGUACAAAUCGGAGCCCAAAGAAGAUGAAGAGCUGCAGCAGGACGAACCGCACUCCGUGUCAGGCGCAAGGUUGGCUGUCCGAAACAAGGAGAUUGGGGCUGCUAAGCAUAGGCAUGUCAGCAUUGAGAUUCCGCUACCAACAUUGUCGGAGUUGCGGCGGAAGAAGAUUGAAGGCUCAGCUUCAGGGAGCCAGGAAGGGAAUGACGAGGAUGUGUUCAAGACGCCGAAAGAACACAGGAAACACAUCACAUUUGAUGAGAGUGAUCACGAUGAACAAGCUGCAGCUUUGAAGCGGAAACGGCAGGAGCGCGAUACGUUCCUCAGGCAGCAGGCGGCGGAGAGGAAACGAACUCGGAAGAAGCCCAUCGGGCAAGAUGAUGAGGAUGAUGAGGACACCCCGGGCGUCGAAGAGCCUGCGUUGGAGACGGAGAAGAGGGAAAGGGAGGUGCCAAAACUCCUACCUCUUGAACUCCUCGAAUCGGACGACGAGGAUGACGUCCCGCAGCAAACCGACUCUGACGCCAAUGGACAGCACAAGCGGAGGAAACUUGGGGCUGCUGAACAGGCUUUGCUCCGCGAGCCCAAGCUUCCAAAGGACAAACGGCUGGGCUCGGCAGCUUAUCGGGUGGUGAAGCGGGCCGGCGACGCGAGGUUGGCCCCCAGGGUGAAGAAGCAGGCGGUUAACAUGAAGGAGGCACUUCUGCGGAGAGACCGGAUAGCCCAGCCAAGAGGGGGGUUCUUUGUUAAGAAUCGUUAA